GUAGGUUUUUGCAGUUCAAAGAAGUGAACGCGAUAUUUUGAACCAAUUCUAUCGAAAAACAAUUAUUUGAACCUCGAAUGUAUGCGCGUGCCACCUUUGGACGCGUAGAUCAAGCUUAAUUCGAAUUGAUAAUCAUUCCUGGUGGUGUAGUUAUUGCUUCCUAGCCCUUAGUACCCCAAAGUUCGUCGUUCGGGGCGCCUGUCGGGUCUUAGUCAUCAUUCCACUCCUGUUUGGCGCAAACCAACGUCGUCAAUCAAUUCUGAGGCUUUCAGAAAGCCUUAUCAAUCAAUUGAGAAGCCAAAAACAAAUACAAGGUGCGACCUAACCCGCGAAACUAUGCUGAUAUUAUCAUGCCAAUUAAAAUUCGAUAGAUAAUUGCGAAAUUUUCACGAUGGGUGUCCCUUUCGAAGCUCUCCUUCCGUAUGGAAUCAUGCUUGCCGUACGUCUUUCCACCACCCCAUUCUACUAUAAGAACUAUAAUACUGAGUACUGCGCAGAUGUUCGGUAUCACCGGUGCUGGAUUGUCUGGAGUGAGAGCUUUGCAGAACGGUGGAAAGAGAGCCAGACAUUCUGUAGAUGCCUGGGACAGAGUCAGUACUCAUAUAUCUUCGUCUAACAUUAAUGAAGAGAAGCUAAUCUUUCUUGUAGCAAAGUAACCUCUACCCUUACAUAAUCCUAUACUGUCAUGUAUGGCACUGACUGCGAUAUAGUGAUGGACCGCGAUAGGAGGUUGACCGGAUUCCUUCGAGGGCAAACCGAUAGCCCAAGUGCCCCUCUAGGAUUCGAGUUGAACAACCCAUGGAGAGUAAGUCUUUCCCGGGCUUUGUAUUCCGUUCCCUAUGAAUAUCGCAUUGAUACUGACAUCAACUCAAUAGCUUGAGAAAAGAAUUAUCUAGAGACUAUAGGUCCACCAUUGUACAUAUCAAGCAAAUCAAGCAAAGCAAUAAAAUUAACGAUAUUCAUGUUCAUGGGGAGUUUAGGAUGAGAUGCGGUUGAGAGAUGGAAUCUAUUGAUCAAAGUAUUUCCUGCUACAUGUCUGUGAUAGUGAAGGCAUUAACUUUGAAUCGAUAGUGACCUCUCCGAUCUUCAUUUCUCUUAAACAAUAGUGUAGUUUGCCAUCAAAUUCAAGCCAGAA